AGGUAAAAUGGCGCAACUACAAGCCCUUCCGCCAAGAAGUAGACGUGUCCCAAGCUUACUGCUCGCGUUUAACAAGCGUCAACGGGCAGAUAGAUCGAUGGAGGCGGACAUCACCGGCAACAUGGAAGGAAAAACGGACGCGGGGAUCUCACUGGAGCCUUACAUUGAGGCCGUGCGCCAGCAGCUGGAAGACCAGGACCCGCUUUUCCUCAUCGGGGUCCUCGUGGCUUUGGCUGUUGUGAUCAUCACAUGCGUUUUCCUCAAGUACUUUCUAACUAGUAAAAGCGUCCAAAGUGCGGUGCUGCUCGUCGGGUUGUGCGACGCGGGCAAGACGCUUCUCUUCAGCCGACUGCUGUCCGGGAAAUUUAAACGGACUCAGACCUCCAUUACAGACAGUAGUGCUCCAUAUAAAGCGAAAAAUGAUAGGAACACCAUCUGGACUCUGAUAGACUUGCCAGGUCAUGACAGUCUGCGUCCACAGUAUUUGGAAAAGUUCAAAUCAGCAGCUCGAGCCAUUGUGUUUGUGGUGGACAGCGCCAUCUUCCAAAAGGAAGUGAGAGAUGUCGCCGAGUUCCUGUACGUUUUGCUGACCGACGCAGUACUCUGCAGGAACGCCCCCACGCUUCUUGUGGCGUGCAACAAACAGGAUAUCACCAUGGCAAAAUCAGCCAAACUGAUUCAGCAGCAGCUUGAAAAGGAACUGACUACACUGCGGGUGACUCGCUCGGCGGCCCUCAGCUCGCAGGACGGCUCGGCGUGUGGAAGCGUGUACCUGGGCAAGAAAGGCAAGGGCUUUGAGUUCAGCCAGCUGCCCAUAAAAGUGAAAUUCCUGGAGUGCAGCGCCCGGGGGGCCAAAGGGGAAGAGGCCGACGCCGACAUCCAGAGCUUAGAGAGCAGCCUGGCUAGGCUGUAAAAAAAAAAAUGAUAAGUGGAGACCUCGCUGGCAGCCACCGUCCACAUGAAACAGAUGAACAAUCUCAUAACACUUGGAAGGAUGACCACCCAAAGAUUCAAUCAAAUCCAUUAAGACUGUGAAGGUCCAAUUUGCAUGGAGGAGAAUCAUGGAAUUACUAUUUGCUUGCUUUGCAGUGCAAAUGUAAUAGCGAACAUCGUGCUUUAACAUGACAAGUAUUGGUACAUUUAUUGCAAACGCAAAUUGUGGACAGCUUAAAGAAAUCACGGGUGAAUACACUUGUCAUUUCAUUAUCAAUGGAAAGCUUUGCCUUUUUAUUCUGACAAAUGUUUUGCUUUAGAGCAGUAUGAAUGUGUGGGAUUGUGGUGAAGAAUGAAUUUGUAACGACAGGUACUUCACAAAAACAUUUUCUUAGUUGUACAAAAUGACAACAGAUGGAAUCAAAUGAACCCCACAGAGCACUAAGUUUGUGAGUCACUUAUGACACUGGGGAGAAAAUCGCAAUUUCAAAACUUUUUUUUUUUAUGCCCCAUUGGAAAUAAGUUUUUUCCGGCCUCAAAUUGUCCCCAUCGUAAAACCUACAAUCCAUAAGCAAUGUAUUGAGUAACAUUCAUCACUGUUGUAAAAAAAAAAAAAAAAAAGUAGAUUGUCAAAUAAAACAAAGUACAAUUAC